UCACAAUUUUUGGAUAAUUUGAAGCAAAAAAAAAUAAAAUCUACAAAUGCUUUAUAAAAAUCGCAAAUCACAUCAAAGAAAUUUGCAACAAAAAAUUUACUAGUUAGAAAAAAUUGGUUUGUUUCAUUUAGAUUUCUGGACACAAGCACAAAAACAAGAAAAAUAGAACUGCCUAUGGACUAUAUACUCGAAAUAACUGAAGAGGCCAAUCGCCAGCUAGCGAGUGAGGCGCAACAGACUCAGGACGGAUGCAAUGGGUAUAUCUCAAUUUUUCGCAUAGGAGGGGAGCCCAUUCUGCCACCUUUGAUGACUCCUGAAAAACGUCUUGAGAUGCAAUCGUUUAAGCAGCAGGCCCUGGAAAUUGAGGAACGCCUAAGAAAUGAGCGAAUGGAGCGGAACGAGACUUUUGCAAUUCAAGUUCAGGAGACUACUGAAGAGCCCUGUCUGGUUACUUUGCUGACCCAUGUGAAUAGGUCGAGUCAACAGUCUCUGCCCCCCAGCCAAUUCAAGGCCACACAAACAUGCCGCCUCUCCAAGCAAAGAGAAGAGCCCGGAGAGCCUCUCAAGACCCCAGCGAAGCAUGCAGCGCCAACGACCCCCUCUCGGGUUGUGGGCGGCGAGUGCUCGAAAUUUGCAGAUGCCAGCACAAAUACGGAACUAACGCCUCUCAUGAUCGUCGGGCGCAACAACAACCAACGACUUCAACGUUCAGAGACUCUGAUCUAUGACAACAAUAGUAAUGCGAUUAUCAAACCGGUAAAAGAAGUGGAAAAACCGAAGACUGAGACCAAACAGCUGGUACUGGAAGAUCAAACAGUGCUGUUGGCACGUUGUGCGGUCUGCCACAAUUCUCCCCUAAAAUUCGGCCUGCUUCAGACAACAUGGGUGCACUCGUCACCAACAUCUAAAGAGCCAUGUAACCCGAAUAUAUCGGAGAGACGCAGUACCAGCAAAGAGCUGAGAAAGCGGCCUUCAUUGAAGUCAAAUCCAAAACUCGACUCGGUAAUACCGACUCCUUCCGAGCAACCUGGUGGCAGCAACUGUAAGAACAGCAAGCGCAAUGAAUCGCCAAAGACUGCAACGGAGUGCGGAAAGCGCUCCAAGAGCGCUCCAGCUAAAAAGCAGUCGGCAGCUGCUUUGGAAGUGCCUAGCGAUGAUGAGUCUUUGCAGUGGGAUGAAUCCGAGAAUAAGAACAUUUUCUAUUUGAUGACCGCCCCUCGGGAGGUUCAGGAGCAGGCAGGCAAGGAACGCUUGCAACGCGCAACCACAAGUCCAGCCCUUAAGGCAGUAGACUCGACUACAAACAAGAAUUUGAAUCGUACAAGCUCUGCAGAGCGCAAUGAAAAACUUAGCCCAUUACUCUGGCGUCGCUGUCGCUCCUAUCCAUUGGAGAUGCUCACACAGAUCGCGUCCCUAGAGGAAAAAGAAGCCUUACAUGCCAUGUCUCCAAUGUCGCCCAUUUCGCCAAACACCUCGCCUCCUCCUACGCCACCCGUUGCACCACCCUUGCCCCCAGCCAAUCCGACUGAGAGUUACAGACAACGCAGUGUGGCGAGCAAAAUCGAAAUAAAGCAGCGCAUGGCACCCGGCCACGUGUUGGCCAAGACCAAAGCGAGAAGUGCCACCAACUCAAAUGGGAAUACGCGACAACCCAGCAGGGUCAUCAGCAGAGGGGCAAUGACUAUGGUCACACCUAUGAGUCAGCGACCCUCGCAUUCAGAGCGCCACAGCGCAACCUAUGGAGCACAUGGCCAUGCCUCCCACACCAAGAUGCAGACGCCAUCGAACAACGCGAUGAAUAACGCCAAGCGGCGGCUCACCUACGAUCCACGUGCCUCGAUUAAACGCAACAACAUGCAGCAAAAGAAGAGCAACACCAACAAUGCUCCGAACAACAACAGUGGAUCUCAUAGUGCUGUCGCGAAGGCUUCCAACACAACUACCACAUCCAAGAUCAUGCUGAAGCGCAGGCAGCCCGAUGAGCUGCACAAGGCCCGCUCCCAGAUCUCAUAUCGCAGCUCGGCACCCACACAUGCCAUGCCCAAAAAGAGCAUCGGGGAUGCCGCUGCCGCCUCCUCCACAGAGAACUUGGUAGAGUUCCGCACCAAUCCACGACUGAACGCGCACGGCUCUCGCAAUGUGGAGCUGCUGAAGCGUCGCAUGAUGGGCGAUAUGGAGCUGCAUCAGCGUCGACGCUUUCAGCAACUGGUCACAGAGCAAAUGGAACAGCACCGGCGCAUGCAGGCCGAGUUCGAGGCACAACAGCAGCAUUUGAUCGAUCAGCUGCUCUCUGACAUGGCCAGCUAUGCCAAGUGCAUUGGGAAAGGGCCGGAUCGUGGGUUGGAGAGUGAAGAGCGCGGACAGCAUAACAGAAUUCGGGCACCCGCAGAAUCGGUGUCAGGCACCACCCUCAGCUCGUCCAGCUCGUUUCCCAUGCUGCUGCACAGAGCCGAGUGUCUGGAUGAGGAUAGCGAUGAGCGUGAGGCCGAAGCCGAAAUCGAGGCAGCUGUGCAGUGCGGAUCACAAGAUCUUGAGCACUUGACACGCGGCAGGCGGAUGGAGAGACGCGGCUUUACAACGGACAGUGAAAACAUAUAAUUACAAUACCUUUGUUUAGAUAAUUUUUUUGUUUAUUUCAAAUUUCAAUAAAAUGGGUCUAAGCCACGAGUUACUUAC